CUCUCACCCAUCUCCGACUGCUCAAGCUCGACAGUCAAGGUCAGAGGACAACGUGAGCAAACUUGCAAUCAUAUGAUCAAAAAGAACACUUCAAUAUUGACAAUCGGGCAGAAAUCUUGGCGCGAAUUGAGCUGAGGCGCCGAGCCUUCCGCUGGACCCCAGCAACCCAUCAGCAUCCCCGUGUAGAUCUUCAACCAUCACGACACCAAACCGGGAAACCAUGACCAACAUCUUCCGCCAAGCCAUCUCAUGGCUCUACACCACCCUCGCCGUCUCCAUCCUCGGAUCAUGGACCCUCCUCAUCCUCGGCGGCGUCGGCCUCACAGCCGUAGACUCGAACCCAGGCCUCCUCCAGCUCAUCGCCUUCCCCUCCCUCCUCACCUUCCUCGUCGCAAAGCUCAUCGUCGCCGCCUCACCCUCGACAGCACUCCAGCAGCAGCAGCCCCAAGCAAACGCCCGGAACGCCGUCACAGCUCCUGCUCCUACUCCUGCCGGCGGCAACCUAGCAACCUGGCUCGCAACAGCAGACUACGGCUCCCCCCACGGCGCCCUCGUCCUCUUCCUCUUCUCCGUGACCUGGCUCCUGCAGCUCGCGCGCGUAGUCUUCGCCCUCUUCCUGGUGGUGCUCAUGGGUGCCUUCUUCGUCUUUGCGUCCUCGCUCGACGCAGCCGAUAAAGAAGACAAAGAAGCCGGCGGCGAGGGUCUCUUCUCCGACGACGACGGCGCGCGCAAGAACUUCACCACCGCGCUCGCCGAGUUCGAGGAGAAGGCGGGGAUCGGGCUGGGCGACUACCUCGUUGACAACCCCUGGGUCGUGUUCCAGGUGCUUGUGGCGCUUUGGGGCAUGAUGAAUUUGUUGCUCAUGUAUCUUUCCGUGUACGCCUUUGGGGCGUUGAAGAAGGUGUUGACGACGCCUCUCGAGGCUUGGGCGAGGGGUGGUCAGGAGGUGGCGGCGCCUGUUCCUGUGGCUGGGGGGACUCCGGCGGCAGCGGCAGUGGCGGCGGCAGCGGAGACGAGGGCCCCGGUUGUCGUUGUUGAGAAGGAGAGGGUUGUUGUGCCGGCUGAGGCGCAACGUGGGAAUUGAGUGUUGGCGGAGGCAAGAGAAAGGGGUGGCAGUCAGAUGAGAAAGGAAGAGAGGCAAACGGACGGCCAAACCAUAUCUGGAUCUGUGGCCUCCCGCCGCCAAGCCGGGGCGGUGAACAAGCUCGGGCCGGGGCUGGGUGCGUGGGAACAUCGGACUCAGCUCCGGGUGGGUCUCUCCGGCGCCUGCCCGCUCAGCUUCCUCCGCCUCCGGGGAGGCAAACGGGACAGGACAGGGAAGGAAGCAAACCACAUGUACCUGCCAGGCUACCACCAAUGGAAUACGA